GCCUCUGCACCUAGAGGCCGGCUUUGAGGGAAGACGGGCAGAGGCGGGGGAGACAGGAGAGAGAAAUAAAUGGUCAAUUCCUCCUUAACUCCGGGCCCCCUCGCGGGCCUCACCCCUCCUCCCGGGGGCUGAGAUUGGAGAGGAAGUGGGAAGGCUCCAAUCUGUUCCUCACUCCAGCGCCCUCAUGCCCCCACCCUUCUCCUCAGCUCGGGGCUUCGGCGCGCCUCGUUCCCGCCCCUCGCCCCGGGAGAGGAGCGGGCGGCGUGGGAGGGCUCGCGGAGAAAGGCCCAGGGGAUCGGAUGACCUCCACCCGGCAGCCACAUCCUCAGCUGCAGAGACCCGAAGCCGUCCGCCCUCAGGCGAGCCAGGCCCGAGGGCAGCCCCGGAGACCGCGGUGGCCGGAUGCGCGGGCGCGUCACUUCCGGGCGGUGCAGCGGCGGCGGCUUGGAAGAUGGCUGCGCCCUGUGGCUCGGAGCUGCCCGCCAACUCGCCGCUAAAAAUCCCGAAGAUGGAGGUGCUCUCCCCGGCUUCUCCUGGUGGCCUGAGCGACGGAAAUCCAUCGCUGUCCGACCCUUCCACGCCUCGGGGUGCCUCCCCGCUCGGGCCGGGCAGUGCGGCGGGCUCGGGGGCAGCGGCGUCCGGGGGUCUUGGGCUGGGGCUGGGGGGCCGCAGCGCCGCCUCGUCCUCGGUCUCCUUCUCCCCUGGUGGCGGCGGUGGCGGGGCUGCGGCAGCCGCCGCCGCCGCCUGCCGGGGCAUGUCGUGGACGCCAGCCGAGACGAACGCGCUCAUCGCAGUGUGGGGCAACGAGCGGCUGGUGGAGGCGCGGUACCAGCAGCUGGAGGGAGCCGGCACGGUGUUCGGCAGCAAGGCCCCCGGGCCAGCCAUGUACGAGCGCGUGUCCCGGGCCCUGGCCGAGCUGGGCUACGAGCGGACCCCGUCCCAGUGCCGGGAGCGCAUCAAGCUGGUUCGAUGCCCAGAACUGAAUGCUGUGCUCCAGCUGUGGCCUCACCGGUGCUGAAUAGAGAGGAAGAGCCACCUUCAUAGCUUACAUGUGAUUCCUCUGCCUAUACAACCCAAUACUGGAUUUACUUACUUUGGCAAGAUAGCUGCAUUGUGCACUGUAUUUAAUGUUACGUGUACUGUAACCCUGGGUCUUUCUCUGCAUUGCUGCCGUUAAACCCCCAAUCCUGCCAAUCUAAAACUCCUGCCUUUGUUUACCUUCCCCCUCCCCCAUAGACUCCCCAUACAUUCAUCCACAAUGAAUGUCAUCUUUUUAUUCUCUCAUUUCCUUUUACUGUAAUCUUAAACUUUGGCAAAACUUUCACUCUGUCCUAUAAAUUGUCACUUGUCAGCCAUCUUAUUUUUCUUCCUGCUUUGGUAAUGGGACAUCUUUCAAGUCUUUUCUCUGGUUCUUUUGUCUUUGUAGUCAUUAAGUGCUUGUCAUGGUGGAUUUAAUAAGCAUUCCCUUGCCAUUUCUUCCAAAUACCCAUGAACUCCUCUGGGUUGACCACCAAUCAAGUUGUUACCUAUGCUUUAGUUCUUCAAUCCAGGGUUUCUUGAUUCCUGACCUCUAUCCCUACAGCUUCAAUCAGGAUACAGUAUUCUCUCACAACUCCUCCUCCAGGGAGGAGACAAAAGCAUCAUGUCAGUUUACUGGGGAGCUUUCCAAUAGUAAGGAAGAUUAUAAUAUUUAAUUGUAAAUGGAAUCGAUUUUAAUACUUUUGAGCAAAUUUCUGCCCCCACCCCAGACCUUAAUUUUUAGAAACUAUUAAGCUUAAUUUAUUACAGAUUUCUAGGACAACUAAGGUAAAGGAAAAAGGAAAGGAAGCGAGAUUUUUGUGUUGAAUAAGACAUGGUUCUCCAAGAAAGCCACAUCGAAGUUCUUGUUGGAUUUGAGAGCUGUCUGAAAUGGGAAUUGAGGCUUCGUUUUUCUGAGCAUUAUUGUAAUCUCAGCUCUAGAGUAGGUUUUUAAGUCGGUUUAUUUAGGACUGUUGACACACACAGUCUUAAUUACAUGCUUUGGCUAAUUUAGAGUGUGGAAAAUGUAACCUAUUUUGCUUUAUUAUGAGUGAUAAUUGGAAGUUCUCCAUGUCCUUUUUAUUCAUCUCUAAACUCCCUCAAGUUUAACUAAAUCCCAUUGCUUGUUACAAUAGCAGUCAAGAAGAAGUUUAAGUUCUUAUUCUUUUUUUCUUAAUUGAUGUGUUCUAUUUAAACAGCGUUUCCUUGGAUCUGUGGUCUUCACUGAACCCAGAAAGUACCUCUUAAGUGCAUUUAUAUCUUGAGAGAGUUAAAAUUAGUUGGGAAAUCUUUUUUAACAUGAUUUCAAUACAUCAAAUUCCUAUCAUGGAUUUAGAAGCUACCUAAUAUCUUUCCUUUGAGCCCUGAUAGAUAUUUUACAUGCUAGCAUAUUGCACUAUUCAAGUGUAUUACAAAAGUACACUACAAAGUAAGAGGUGGCAAUAUCUGUUAGUGUCUUUGAUAAAUCGUAAAUGUAUCACUUUUCUUUCAGAUGUGUAACCAUUAGAUAUUGCUAGUUUCCUAUCACAAUUACAUAAGCCAAGUGAAGUAUUAAGCGCAAUUUGGUGGUUCCAACGAGAGUAAGAGUCUUUUCUGUGGUUUCCGGCCUUGUCUGUUGCCAGAGAUUGGUGCCUUUGCUUAUGCUUGUUUUACUUCCUGAUAAGUAUGGUACCUUUCUUCAAAGAAAUGUUAGUUUUAUUCCCUGACUUCUGAAAUAACCCUCAGAACAGAGCCAGCUGGGCUCUUGUGUGUGCUGAAUGCUUUUCUCUGGGCAGUCAGUAAGUAGUGAGCAGUGGCAUGGUUUCCUUCUCCAUUUAUGGCCUUGGAAGGGUGAAAGGGACAUGGUUUGGGACUCUCCAUUUACGGUCCUUGGAGGAGUUGAAAAGAGUGGUUGGGGUGUUCUUGGAGGCAGAAAGUAGACAUUGUGAGAUAAAAAUAAAUUGGCAAGGGAUGUUUGCAAUUCAAAUUCCAAUCCCUGCAAGGAGGGCAGAGGGCACUGGGAAAGGGGGAGUGUGUAGAAAGUCAAAUGAGCUCUGCUGCAGACAUUUGUCUCCUUCCACUGGAAGGUUUGCCCACGACACGUCUCCCAAGUUCAUAUUUCUGGUUUGUUCUAGGAAGUUUUAUCUUAUGUAAUUGUGACUAUCUCUUACAAAGAGAAAGAAGAAACACUUUUAAAAAGAGUGUAUUGUUAGAAACCUCAGUUCUCUAAGGUAUCAUUUGAGGCUCCAGAAGCCAUCUCAAGAAAGGAAGAAUGAGACAGGUGCUUGUCCAGGGGCUAGGCUGGCUGGCUUUAGGGUUGGAGACUCUUUAAUUAUUGCUCUGUUUUUGUGUGAGGAAGAUCAUCACACAUGUCAUGCUUUUAUUAUCCUUUUACCCAUCUAGAUUUCUGGCUUCGGGGACAGAUUUUUAAAUUAUCUGAAAUAGUGUCUUGUAGAUUGUCAACUGUGAUUUAAAGAUACUGAACUUCCUGGCCGGGUGCAGUGGCUCACGCCUGUAAUCCCAGCACUUUGGG